AUGGUGGACACUGCCUCGAAGCAUCGAGCUGAGUUUGCCUUUGCUCAGCUUGAGAACGAGAGAUCUCUGACAUCUCUUCGUGACGAGCUAAGGGUAGCUCGUGGGAUUGCUGAUCGGUCUCGGGAUGAGAUAGCUGCUCUUCAGACCCUUGUUGAUGCCCACCAUUGGGAGCACAAGGCUCUCUGCGAGAUGCUUGAGCGCAAGGGCGUUCUUCAUCGGAAGAAGCAGCGUACUGAUGGUACGGCUUAA